GAAUAUUAGUUUCGAGAAAUGGUGAUUUUUUCUUAGGAUUCAGUAGUUUGGUUUCCAUCUUAUUACAAACACAGCAGUUGAUUGUAAAGUCCUUGUUUAUGGCUCAUUCCAAGAACAAUAUUCAAGAAACAAUGGAAGAUGGCUUUUGCUUAGUUGAAGAUCCAGAUGAUUUGGAGGGGGAUAGUGAUGAUGACGGUUUUUUUGUGCUCCCAAUUCUCUCAUGCAAAUCUAAAGCUAAAAGUACUGAGGAUUACGCCGAAGCCCCCAAAUAUGUACACAGGAAGGAAGUACCGUUAGAAGAUGUUUUGAAGGAUCAUGCUCUUCAUUUACUCCCUGCAAAAGCACUCUUCAGAUUCAAAACUGUUUCCAGACGAUGGGAUCAGUGGAUAAGCAGCCCAUUGUUUGCCCACCGGCAAACUACUUACUUCAAUAACAUUUCCGGUCUCUUUUGUCAGGUUGCCAAUUUCAAUCCUUCCUUCAUUUCAUUCGAUCAAGACGCUUGUGGCAUGCCUGAUCCCUCUUUGAAGUUCUUACCUGAACCUGUCUAUGUCAGAACCUCUUGCAAGGGUCUGCUUUGCUGCCAGAGUGUUGGGGAAAAUGUUUACUACAUUUGUAACCCUGUGACCAAGGAAUGGAAAAGGCUUCCUAAGCCGAACUUGUAUCAUGGAGACGAGGCAGCUGUUGUACUUGUUUUUGAACCCCAUCUACUCAAUUUUAACGAAUCUUACGAGCUUGUCUGUGCUGUCACUUUUCCCCACCAUCCGGUUGUCUAUUUUGAGAUUUACUCAUCAAGAUCAAGCUCCUGGAGAGUCUCUGAUACCGUAUGUUGCGAGUUCGAUAGUUUGGAAUUUCAUAAUGGUGGGUACUACAUGGAGGGAGUUGUCUAUUGGGAAGCCUCAUCCAAUAUCAUUCUAGCCUUUGAUUUGAGGAAUGAGCAAUAUGGUAUUCUGCCACUUCCUGCCAAUGGUGGACAAUACGGAAAUGGUACUUUAUCCGUGUAUCAUGGCGAGUUGUGUUAUAUUCUGCCUCAUUAUCAGGAUAAUGUGUGCACCAUAUACAUUCAUGGGAAUAUGGAUAUGAGCCUGAAGUCUGUAAUCAAUCUUACUUAUGAUGCGGGGAGCAAAUUCGAUGUUUGCAGGGCAUUGGUGUUCAUUAAUAAUGACAUUCUGAUACUUGCACUUGGGACUGACAUGAUUUCUUAUCAUGUUAGAGAAGACAAGGUGGAACUGAUAAGCACAUUAGGAGGCGGCGCGUGGUCUACAUAUGUCCCGUAUGUGAACAACCUUGUCUCUGUGAGGCAUCCAUUGAUUAAAGACAAGGGCUUAAUUAUCUAGACAGACUCUCUCAAGAUGUCUUGUAAAACUGGCCGUCCUUCACCUUUGCCAAUAUCAUACCUUGACUUUCUAUAAACCCAGAUAUUUGGUUUUACGAUAAUUUUAUUAGUUUGGUCUUGAAACUGAAACUUGUUAUAAAAAGCUUUUGUUAGUACAGUAGGAAACCCCCCUUCAUGAAUCUUUGUUGACAUUGAUUGAAUAUAUGGUAUAGUUUU